AUGUCUAGGAAGAGAGGAGACAAAAGAGAAGGAUCGGCACUGACGGAGGAUAAAAUAAUUGCACAGCGAGUGGAAGCCAUGGAGCGGGUUCAGCGCCGCAUGAAGACGAUGCUGAGCGAACUUGGUACCAGCGAGAAAAUACAGGCUCAGGUGACAGGCAAGUGGCGGUCCAUCCUUCGCGAGACUCGAGCCGACGAGCUGAGGGGGGAAAUUUGGGAAUACAGCAAGACCUUUCAAAGGGCGCUCGAAUCGACCAAGGGCAUCACCACCUCACUGACGCAGGAUCUGAACAAAGGUGUGGAGCAGGCAGCGAGGCCCCAGCAGAUGAAGCAGCGGUUUAUGGAUCGUCUGCUGAGGCAGAAACAGCUAGAUACGGAGUCAGAUUGGGAAGAAAAAACCUUUGACGAUUUUAGCGCUGAGAGUGGCUGCAAAUGGGACGCAAUCACCCGCCGUGAAGAAGAGGACUAUGUGAAGCACGUUGCAUUGGCCGAUGAACUGCGAAGUUCUGAAAGGAGCAGCAAGGUCGCGCUGGACUAUCAUAUUGUUUGUGAAGAGGUGAAACAGCAGUACAGAGAGAAGACUUAUGCCAAUUAUGUUGAUCUGAAAGACACCAUACAGGAGUUAGUGGACAAGUUUCCGGCAAAGCAGAUGCGAUAUGAGAGGGACAUCCCUGUUUCUUUCGAAUGCAGUGAGAGAGUCUUGCAUAAAACUAAGGACGCCAUCACUGCACUUCGAAAUCAGAUGAGCUCCGAGAGCGAGAAUGAGGCAACUCUGCGUGACCUUCGUGCAAGCCUUAAGGAGGUUACAGAUAAGACCAUUAAGCUCCGCACUGAGAUCAGCAUGGCUCAGGCAGCUGAGAAAAAACGGCUGAUCGAUCUUAUAAGCCAAAGCAAAACCACCACUGACAAGUUACAGAGGUUCAUAGAAAAAAGCGAGAGGUUGCUGCGUCUGGCCAAAAUGUGCCGCAAGUUAGAGACAGAGCAGGAGAAGCUUCCAUCUUCCUCGGCAUCGUCAUUAGAUGCUGAGCAGCUGAGUCAGGAGGAAGCAUGCACUUCGAUGGAAGCACCAUCAGAACACCCGCUGGUGCAGGAAAUACUGGACGAUAGCGCAGCACUGGAAAAAUUCUGGGGGCGCUACAGCAAGGUUCAGCUGGAAUGCUUGUGCCUGAAGAAGGAGAAGGCAGAUUUAGAGCAGGAGAAAAAGCAGCUCGAGCUCAGGAUUAAGGAGAAGCAGCUGGAAGAGCUGCCGAGGCUUUGA